ACCAUUCUACACCAAUCCCAUAUACCAUUUGGUAAUUUCUGGCUUGGUGUUUCUGACUUGAAGCGUCAAAUGUUCUAAUAAUUUUAUUGUCUAUAUAUUGAUUCAUAUGACACGAGAACAGAGCAGACAUAGCAGAGAGAGCGAAAUAAAAAAGAGGAAAGAACCGUGUGGUUAGUUGUCAGCGACCCAGGUCCUCCGGUCCCGUACAAAAAAACACAGCCCCAAAAGCCCAAUCCACAGCCUCCCCCCCUCAUGUGGGCAAUUGGGUCCCACAUUCCGAUUAGAGACGAAGAUCCACACAUUCAAACGUCGAACUGGCAACCCUACGUCUCAUUCUCACAUCCCCUUAAGGCCUUAGCCUCCUCCUCCUCCUCUCUUUAUAGCUCACUUCGUUAACUGAAUAGGUUGAUCAUCUGGGUACCUCGGGAUUAUUGGUUUUGCGAGGAUCCUAUUGUUUGGUCAUCUGGGUAGCUUUGGUUUUUAGUUUUCUUAUUGAUUCAUUACUGGUUUUGGGGAAAGAUUUGCUUUUUAUUUCCUGUGACUCAUCUUUCUUCUGUUAAAGUGGGCACCUUUGGUUUUGAUUGAUUUCGCAAUUUGAAUUGCCGUGUCUUUGGGUGUUUGAAAUCUGUAACUUGAUUUGCGAUCUGGGUCGGUGCUGGUUUUUGUUGGUUUUUGUGGUCUGUCAAUGGGCGCUUUGGAUGAGGGGCAUUUCUGCUCGGAACUUGAGAAUGGAGUGAAAUUGGGUUGCAUCGAGCUGAGUUUUGAGGAAGAACCUGAAACCAUAGCUAUUGAAGAUGCUGUGAAAGUUCUCAUGCAGGGUCUGGGAGAGGAUGUUAACAGAGAAGGUUUGAAGAAGACGCCUCUUCGCGUUGCCAAGGCCCUUCGGGAAGGAACAAGGGGUUACAGACAAAAGGCUAAGGACAUUGUGCAAGGUGCUUUAUUUCCUGAAUCUGGUCUCGACAAUACAGUUGGUCAUGCUGGAGGAGCUGGUGGACUCGUGGUUGUUCGAGAUCUUGACCUCUUCUCGUAUUGUGAAUCUUGUAUGCUACCAUUCCAGGUUAAAUGUCAUGUGGGCUAUGUCCCUUCUGGUCAACGGGUUGUAGGCUUAAGCAAGCUCUCUCGAGUAGCUGAUGUGUUUGCAAAACGUCUCCAAGAGCCUCAGCACCUAGCAGACGAAGUGUGUUCAGCUUUGCAGCAUAGCAUCAAGCCAGCAGGUGUUGCAGUUGUACUCCAAUGUUUACACAUCCCUUUCCCAAAAGUAGAAUUAGCUUUUCUUGACUCGAACCACCAAGGAUGGGUAGAGUUACUGGUUAGUUCAGGUUCAGGAGUUUUUGAGAAUGAAAAUGCCAAUCUUUGGGCAGAUUUUUUGAAUCUUCUGAGAUUCAGAGGCAUAAAUGUCGAGAAAAAUCGCAUGAGAGACUCAAGCGAUCAACACUGGUGUCCAUCUCGAUCCCCCUCAGGUGAUAUUGCUGCCUCCAAGAUUGAAUCAGUUAAUCAGGGUAUGGUCACUGCAGUAGCUUCAAUUCUUAGGUCGUUAGGUGAAGACCCAUUAAGGAAGGAGCUUGUAGGAACACCUGCUCGUUUCGUGAAGUGGUUGAUGAACUUCCAAACUACUAAUUUAGAUAUGAAGCUGAAUGGCUUUGUUUCUGACAGGGUGGAUCCUCUAAAGUUCAAUGGGGAUGGCUGCAAGGAAAAGAAAAUCCACUCUGAGCUGAACUUGUCAUUCUGGUCGCAGUGUGAGCAUCAUCUACUUCCCUUCUAUGGUGUUGUGCAUAUAGGAUAUUUGUGCACUGAAGGAUUCAAUCCCAUUGCGAAAUCUCUUUUACAAUCGAUUGUAUGUUUCUACGGUUUCAAGCUCCAAGUACAAGAACGACUCACCCGGCAGAUAGCAGAGACUAUAUCAUCACUGUUAGGUGGAGAUGUGAUUGUGGUUGUGGAGGCAAAUCACACCUGUAUGAUCUCGAGAGGCAUCGAGAAGUUUGGAAGUAGUACAGCGACAAUUGCUGUACUGGGUCGAUUUUCGACUGACCCUGCUGCAAGGGCUAAGUUUUUGCAGAGCAUUCCAAACACUGCAUUUUCAGGACGAUGAUCCGAGUUCAUCCAUCUAUUAAAUGUCUAUUUCUUUCGAAGUUAUUUCUUUGCAUUGGAUUUGCUGUUAGCCAUGGUGCCAGCAUGACAGCGAUAAGUCGAAGAUCAAAGAUCAAAGAUCAUCCUUUGGCCAAUCUGGGUCUUGCCCAUUUUUGUGAUGGUGCUAUUGAAGUUUCAGUUGAAGGUCCAGACUGUCUGGUAACACAGGAUUCUAAAGUUUUGUAUUUUUAUCAUCCAUUCUGUAGCAUAAGCCCUUGCAAGAUUCCAAGGCGCGUCUUUGUUUUAAAGAUUAUAUAUUUUCUCAUGUAAUUUUUUUUUUUUUGAAUACGAAGGAUAUUCAAUACGAA